GGCGCACACGCCUCCUACCCAAAUCACAGCCCCGUGUAGCCCCGUCUCUCAUUCACAGCUUUCUAGAGAAAUCUGAGCUCCAACUGCCAGGAUAGGGGAUCUCACCCACCCAGUUCAGCCGCGCGGACACCUGCAGAAACACAUUCUCAAAGCAAGCCUGGGCGGCGGUGUGAAGAGCCAUUCUUCAUAAGUGGACUCUGGCUGGCUUUGAUCUUCUCUGCUGUUGUGGCACUGUGACUUGGACAGAAGAGGUGACAAGCAGGGUGCAGGAUAAAAAGCAUGGAGCCGGCAUUAAGCAAUGGCCUCGAUUUUCCUUCUCUUUUGGAUGGCCACCACCACAUAGGGCCUGAAUGUCCGGCUGUUUUUCAAGGACAGAAAGAAGACUCUUUAUUUGUCUGAUUUGGGGGCAGCCUUGUAGGAGAACCAUUGAAUGGGCCACGGAUUCAGCACACUUUCAUGUGAAUGGGACCAGUUUCUGUUCUUCCCAAACCUCAGAGCUUAAGCACUUGGGAAGAAGAUUUGGCCAAGAUGACACACUUGCAGGCUGGGCUCAGUCCAGACACAAUAGAGAAAGCCCGCCUAGAACUGAAUGAAAACCCGGAUGUUUUACAUCAGGACAUUCAACAGGUCAGAGACAUGAUCAUCACCAGGCCGGACAUUGGGUUUUUACGUACAGAUGAUGCCUUCAUCCUGCGUUUUCUCCGAGCCAGGAAGUUUCACCAAGCCGAUGCCUUCAGACUCCUGGCCCAGUACUUUCAGUACCGCCAGCUAAACCUGGACAUGUUCAAAAACUUCAAGGCAGAUGAUCCUGGCAUUAAGAGGGCUUUGAUUGAUGGAUUCCCUGGAGUGCUGGAAAACCGUGACCACUACGGCAGGAAGAUUCUCCUGCUGUUUGCUGCCAAUUGGGAUCAGAGUAGGAACUCCUUCACAGACAUCCUUCGUGCCAUUCUGCUGUCCCUGGAAGUUCUUAUUGAAGAUCCAGAGCUGCAAAUAAAUGGUUUCAUUUUAAUUAUAGACUGGAGCAAUUUUUCCUUCAAACAAGCCUCCAAAUUGACACCUUCGAUCCUUAAGCUGGCCAUUGAAGGGUUGCAGGAUAGCUUUCCUGCCCGCUUUGGAGGCGUCCAUUUUGUCAACCAGCCCUGGUACAUCCAUGCCCUGUACACGCUCAUCAAGCCAUUCCUUAAAGACAAGACAAGAAAGCGGAUUUUCUUACAUGGAAACAAUUUAAACAGCCUUCACCAGCUGAUACACCCCGAGUUUCUGCCCUCUGAAUUUGGAGGAACCCUCCCUCCUUAUGACAUGGGGACUUGGGCCCGGACAUUACUUGGUCCUGACUACAGUGAUGAAAAUGACUAUACCCACACCUCCUAUAAUGCCAUGCACGUGAAACACACCUGCUCCAACCUGGAGAGAGAGUGCUCACCCAAGCCCAUGAAACGGUCUCAGUCUGUGGUAGAAGCUGGAACCCUGAAACAUGAAGAGAAGGGAGAAAAUGAGAACACGCAGCCGCUGCUGGCUCUGGACUGAGCCGCAUCACGUGAUGCUGCCAUGCACAAGCCUCCAGUGGAGCCGCCCCCGGGAAGCGCCUGUGCGACCGACCUACAGACACAUGUGCUGUGCUUGACAUGAGGUCCUCCACUCCAUCCCCAGCCACGACUGUCAGCAGCCACUGGUCUGAGCAGCUCACACUGGACAAAGAUCUGAGAGAUGCUUUUAAAACUUCAUUUAACUAAUUUCUCUUUUAGGGAGGGGUCGGGGGGGAUGAAGCAAGGCAUUGAUGUAAAAACGAUUCUCCCUCCCCACAUAUAUAUGGUAGCAAAUGUACUUUAAAAAGGAAAGACUAAAUUUGCUGCUUAUCCACUAGGACAAGAAUUGCUCUAAGGAUUUACACAGGAACCCUUUCCAGGUUUUGCAAAUUAAGAUGAAGCGCAUUUCUGAAUACAGCAGAGUUAAACCAUGCAGACACAGUGUCAAAUUUAAGGGAGUGCAGAACCCCAAGACAAUAGUAGCUACAAUAAUUUUCAGUUUUAUUGACUUAUUUUCUGGCCCAUCACCAGCAUCUAAGUGUUCAGCCUGAGAGCGUGACCUCACAGGUCUGGCUGUUUGCAAAGUUUUUAAUUUAAAUAUCCUGCAAGAAUGAUUUGGACAUCACAUUGUUAAUCAGGCCACCAGCUGACUUCAUGAACUGGUUUUAAAGAAGUCUCAGCCAGUUCACAGAUGACUGCUUCUUCUUAGCAAAGUGAUCUCCUGCAGGCAUCAAGCGGAGUGUCUACAGAGAGGAGACAACUCAUUGAAAAAAACACACUGAUGAGCCCAUUCAAGUUAGUUCUUGGGUUUCUACAGCAAAGAAACAUGCUAGCAAGUUACCUAGUCCCCACCCUCCUAUGAACUGUGGAGAAGGCCCUGAGCAGGCAGUCGAUAUAUCACACAGAAAGACCCUUGAGGAUGGCUCAGCAUGUAAGUACCGAGCUAAGAGAAGACCAAGAAUGCAAGAUGAAAUGCCAAAGACCAAUCUACUUCUUUAUCCAUUCUCCUUAGAAACGGACCCCCAGUCCCCACUCACAGGAAGUCAGACAGAAAACAGACAUCAAAGGUUAGGAUAUUUUAUCUGUGUCAUGUUUCCCAAGACCAUUUGAGUUGAUGUAGGUAUCGAUUCCCCACCUAUCUGUACAACAUAGGCACAUGACCAAAGUGCUUAAUGUCAAAUGAAAAAUUUUAAUUGAUAAUGCUUAGUAAAAUAUUUUACAUUUUAAGCAUUUGGUAGGUUGAUUUGUUAGUUGAACAACCUAAAGGAAACAGGAAACCAAUUCAACUUUCAACCAGCCAUAAUACCUAAACAAUAUUGCUAAUUGUGGGCACCUCUCUUCUGUCUCCCUUCUCCUGCCUCUUUCUCUUUCUGUGUGUCUCUUG